GCCGCCGCCGCCGCCGCAACCAAGUCCCGAGAGUUUCUCGCGCCACGAUGCCCACCGGCGCCGACGAGCGCGUCUACUGCCCGGACUGCCGCCGCGCGACGGAGGUGGUGCUGGACCACGGCACCGGCGACACCAUCUGCACCGAGUGCGCGCUCGUCCUCGACGCGCACUACAUCGACGAGGGCUUCGAGUGGCGCAACUUCGCCGACGACGGCGGCGGCGAGGACCGCGACCCCAGCCGCGUCGGCGCCUCCGGGGACCCCUUCCUCAACGCCAAGCUCUCCACCGUCAUCGCCUACGACAAGAAGCCCGGCAAGUCCUCCGGCGAGGCCGGCGCCCUGCCGCGGACGUCCGUGUCCGGCGACGGCGCCGGCGCGGCCUCCGACAAGACCCUCGUCGACGGCUUCCGCGGCAUCGGCGACAUGGCCGACCGGCUCGGCCUCGUCGCCACCAUCCGGGACCACGCCAAGGAGACGUUCAAGAAGCUGGACGAGGCCAAGGGCGUCCCGCGCGGCCGGAACCGCGACUCGGUCUACGCCGCCUGCCUCUACAUCGCCUGCCGCAACCUCGGCAUGCCGCGCACCUACAAGGAGCUCGCCUCCGUCACGGCCGCCGGCCCGGCCGCCAAGAAGGACAUCGGCAAGAUGUCGACGCACAUCAAGAAGCUCCUCGGGGAGGAGGACGGCCAGGUGAUGGACAUCGGCGUCGUCAGCGCCUCCGACUACCUGCGCCGCUUCUGCUCGCGGCUCGGGCUGGGCAACCAGGAGGUGCGCGACGCGCAGGAGGCCGUGCGCAGGCUCGAGGAGCGCCUCGACGUGCGCCGCAACCCCGAGUCCAUCGCCGCCGCCGUCAUCUACAUGGUCGUGCAGCGCGCCGGCGCCACCAACCCCAACUCCGCCGUCAAGGACGUCUCCGUCGCCACCGGCGUCGCCGAGGGCACCAUCAAGGAGGCGCACAAGGACCUCACCCCGCACGCCCAGAUGCUCUUCGCCUGACCGCCCGCCCAUUCUUUGGCAGGUCCAGUUCAAAACGUGUGUGUUCUUCUUGGGCAACUAUCUUAAGCUCGGACAUGUGAAGUUUGUGUUGGACUCCGUUUCUAAGUACUGAAGAACCAUUCGUGCUUGAUUCGUUUGUUCCAGUUAAACUCAUCAACUGUGGUCUGAGACAUAAUCCAGUUUGCUAACUACACUACUGUGAAUGAUCGAUCUCAUGAACAAGAGGGUAAUUUCGCUAA